ACCAGAAGGAAAAAUUGACAGCUCGUCCAUCUCAUUUCAUGUAGAGGCGUAAUAAGAAUAAUUGUGUAAACCCUAAACGCAAGUAAAACCCUUGUUCUGUUGUCGGGCCCUUUUUAUCAGAUAUAUGGGAAUUUGAACGUGAGUGACCAGAGGCGUUAUUGUGUGAAGCAGUUGCUCAGCGGACAUGGCGGACAAUGAAGUGGAUGUGGGCGCCUCAGCUCCGAAGAAGAGGACAUUCAAGAAGUUUACUUUCAGAGGUGUUGAUCUCGAUGCCCUUCUUGAUAUGUCAUCUGAUGAUCUCGUCAAGCUCUUCCAUGCUCGUGCAAGAAGAAGGUUCCAGCGAGGCUUGAAGAGGCAGCCAAUGGCUCUAAUCAAGAAACUCCGUAAAGCAAAGCGAGAAGCUCCUCAAGGGGAGAAGCCAGAACCAGUUAAAACCCACCUCAGGAACAUGAUUAUUGUCCCUGAAAUGAUUGGAAGCAUCAUCGGUGUUUACAACGGGAAGACCUUCAACCAGGUUGAAAUCAAGCCUGAGAUGAUUGGACAUUAUCUGGCAGAGUUUUCUAUUUCUUACAAGCCUGUAAAACAUGGAAGACCUGGUAUUGGUGCCACACACUCGUCAAGGUUUAUUCCUCUGAAAUAAGUCUUUAUCCAAUAGCUAGCAUGGCCACAAAUUAGAAUGGAGAGGCAUUUUGAACUUUAUUUUAUUUAGUUAUUGGUGGCUUUUUUCAUUUUAGCUCACCUUUCUCAAGUGCAUUGUUAAUGAGGUUUUAUAUUUGAAGGAUUGUGUCCAUCAUUUGUUACUUCUCUGGUGAACAUGCAAUACCUUCGAGAAGUGAAAUGGUAUUCUAAGCAGAGGCAUGUUUCAUGCAAAUGAUGCCUGCCUUGUGUUAUUCCGUAGACAGUACAUUUAUUUAUGCUUGUGAAAUCAUAAUUUUUUAAUUGCUCAGUGAAACCUAAGAUCCAUCUUU